AUUAAAAAUGUCGAUAGAUUGAAAAAAUAAAAACGGCCGCUUUUCACCAGAUUUUUUAGGCAGCCAAGAGAAUUUGAAAAGAAAAUGGCCUUGUCCAAAUUGAAGAACAUCACAAAACACUCUCUAUAGACGUUGGUUCGUUCAUUUUAUUUUUUUCGAAUCAUCCCGCCGACACACACACACAGGCGGUGGGUUAUUUUUUUUUCUUUUUGUGAUGAAUUCGUCGUCACGGCACCGCGCCAGCAAUCGAUUAUGCUAAUGAAGCGAGCGGCGUAAUAAAACCAAAAAUAAUAAUAAACGGUUAGAAGAAAAAAAGAAAAAUACAAAAAUACAAAAUAAAACAAAAUACGCCGAUUCACCUGUGUGUGUGUGUGUGCCGAAGCGUGAGUGGUUUUCUUUUUGCGGACUUUUUAUGCCGCGCAUUAUGAUUGGUAAUAGAGUCGGACCGAGCACACACACGGGCACACGCUCCGCCAAGCCAAAUGGGAUGGAUGCAGAAGAAGAAAAGGGAGGCCCCCGCGUUUUGAUUGAAGGCAACAAAAAAACACAAUCGAUUCAUUUCGAUAACGGCACGAUUCGUUUAAUAGGCCACGGGGACGAUAUAGAAAAGUAUUUGAUUUUCUAUAUAUUCUUGAUGGAAAAACAACAACAACAACAACAACUUGCGCGUAGAUUUAUAUCGUUCGUGUUGUUACGAGAGCGCCGGAUUUUUACACUCGGCCAAUGUUGCUUCAUCACGCACAGGGGGCCGACACAAUAAACGGUGUGUCACGGACCUCGAUUAAUAAAAAGGGAGAGAAUAAAAAGGAAACUUUUUUUUUCUUUUUUAUUUGAAUUUUUGAAAAAAAAUGGCGCGUCUAUUCGGAGAUUUUUUUUUUAAAUAAUCACGCACACGCACCUAGACAGAUUUCGAGACGAUACGCCGCCCAUAAAGCCACGCCCUUUUCCAUUCCAACUCGACAAAAAGGAGUCGAGAGAAAACGAGCGAAAUUUUUCUUCUUCUUCUUUUUAUUUUAUUUUAACGAACGAGUUAAUUGAGCACACGAUAAAAAAGAAAAAAAAAUAAGAAAACAUUUUGUGGCGCCUUUAAUAUGAAAAUGAAGCGAAAUAAUGAUCGAAAAAACUGAUUUUUACAACCCUUCUAAACAUGACGGGAAGAUUUGCGGGUUUUUUGAUGACUCGAUCGCGGCCGCAAGAACGGCUUCCGUUGUGACUUGAAAUUGUGUACGACCACGGCGGAUUUCUUCUUUUUUAUACCAAGAAAGUCGAUGAAUAAUUUGUGCGAUACACUAAACCCACAAAAGGAAAUAAAUAAAAAUAAUAAAAAUAAAAGAACCGGCGCAAUCGUGGGCACCGCCAGAAUGGAGGACGACCCGGACCGACCGGUGACGGAAACAAACCGCAAGAAAGAAACAACAGAAAAAUAUGUUGGUUGAUGCCCUUCAAACAAAACCCCAAAAAGAAGUUGAGAUCAUCGAAAUGAGGGCGAAAUGGUUGGUUGUUAUUUUAAAAAUUUUGGGGGGGAUUUUUAUUAUCCCCCCAGCGAGUGUGUGGGGGUGGGAGACCGGAAGAACGGUUACGAUAAGACUCCUCCCCUCCUCUCCUUGCAGAGCUUCUUAAUUCCUCGGGCCAUAAUUGGCUCUCAAAUUCAAAUGAAUCAACCCGACUUGUCCAGAGAGCCGAUAGGCAUGGCCCUCGCUCCCCGUAUCGAGUUAGUUGUCAUUCUCCUUCGUCCCCGUUCACUUUGAUUUUGGUUUAUUUUUUGAUUCGGUUCCAUCCGCCAGCCAAAAAGAACCUGCAGCACACACUGCGGUAGUUGUCCAUACGUGUGUGUGUGUUUUCACCUGACCGUGUUUGGUUGUGGCGUUGCCAAGCGACCGCCAACCGCAAAACAGACUAAACAAGGAUAUACACACAUCCAGAUAUGGAGGGCCGUAUCGAAGAACUGGAGCGAGAACUUAAGGAAACGAGCGAGCAGUUGGCGUUGACGCGGGAGCAGCUGCGACUGCAGAGCCGACGGGCCCGCCAGCUGGUGGCCGCCUGUUCCACCAAAGUGGAGGAGAAAGAGCGCGAAAUGCGGAUGCUGCGGGUCCUCAAAGACGGCCAACUCCAGUCCAUCGUCCGCAAAUUGCUGCACUUUGAGAGUCUCCUGCGGCAGGAGCAGAAACGGGUCGUCGACAUCGUCCGGCAAAAGGAUCACAUCAUCUGGACGCAAUCGACCGAACUGGAUCAACUGAGACAGGCCAAUCGCAAGCUCCUGAUGGCCGCCAACCAGGAUCCAGAGGAUCUGUCGGCCGCCUCCAAUCCGGCCGCCUCCAAAAUGGCCAAACUCGACCCGGAAAACAAGGAAAACGUCGCCCAAAAUGAGCACAAGGUUUCGAUGAACCCACAACAAAUGAUGGAGACGCCGUUGGUGACGAAAAUGGUCCGUCGAUUCGAGCCGGCCGCCGUCACCAAGAAACCCGAGAUCCCCAAGAAGCCGGCCCGUCUGCUGGCGUCAGUCGCUCCGACUCCCGUCGUUGCCCAGCCGCCACAGACGUCACCAGUCCUCACCAGCGCCGGGAGCAAAGCAAUCGUCCGGACGGAUUCCGUCAACGAUCACGGAUAUUUCACGCUCGAGAAGCGGAAACCUGUCCGGAUGAGCGUCACUCCAACGCCCGUCCAGGUAUCAGAACCUCAGAAACCCAAUCCCAGUCCCCGGGAUCCGCCCACGGCGGAUCGCGUAGUGGACGAAAUGGAUCUGCGGAACAAUUUCGAGGAAUUCCAUUUGAUGGACAGUCUGGAAGAAGAAGAGCAGCAACAACAGCAACAACAACAACACCUAUUCCAACAGAAGCAACAACAACAUUGCCCGGAAUCAACGCUAAUGACAACGACGCCUCCGCGGACGCCCGACCGGAGCAGCGGCGACGGGGCCGAGUGGAACAGCAGCGCCAACAGCAGCAGCGGCGGAAGCAGCAGUUUGCAAAUGACACCUCCGCACAACGGUUUGGGCGACUGCACCUCGUUGAGCAUCUCAGCUGGAUCGGUUCAGAUCCUGCCGCAAUUGGGCGACGCGACUCCGACGUCGGGCGUCCAAUUCGACCGUUUCCUAGACGCCAGCGGUUUGACGCAAAAAUCGAUCCUGACGCCGAGUCGGCUGCUCAGCAACCACAAAAACAUGCUCAAACCCAAGGACGUGAAACAUCGGCACAUGAUCAACAAAGCCACUCACGCCACUCACGCCCCAAACGCCUUCAACUGCCGUUCCAGCGAGUCCCUACUCUUGUCGGCUCUUCCAGGUGAUCCCGCCCGUUUGCACCAUCACCACCACCACCACCACCACCAUUCCACUAAUCAAGUCCGUUACUACGUCGAACCAUUCCUAUAGGGAAACAACAAAAACCCCAAACGAGGAAUACUAUUUCGUCAUGAUAAUAUUUAAAAUAUAAAACGAAACGGCACAAAAAUUUUUCCGUUAAAAAAUAGAAAAGAUGAAACGAUGGGAAUAUUAUAUAGCUUUCUGAUGGGCCACCAAAAUCGUUCAUCACGAAUGUGUGUGUGUGUUUUUUUUUCUCGGCUGACAAACAAAAAAACAAAAAUUUUGUUGCUUUUUCUUUUGUGAACGCUCGCGCGCAACUGUCUGUGGUUUUUUGGUGUUUUUUUUCUGUUUAAUAUUUUUGUUUGCCGCAAAAAUAACGAGCGGCAGAUGACCAUUUUCGGAAAGAAAGAAACAAAAAAUAUUCGUGAUCCAACGGAGGAGGGAGAAAGUGGCGAACAUCCGCCGACCUCGACGUUUUUCUAUCUAAGAUGAACAAAAACAAAAAUAGGAUUUUGUUCACUUUUUUGUUUUGUUUGUCUGUGUUAACCCAAACGAAAAUGAAAUGACAAAAUGUAUUUUUUGUUUGUGUGUACGAAUAUUCUGUCUGUUGCGGUUCUCUCACUUUUCAGAGAGAAAGGGAAAAUAAUAUACUUAUGGGGGUCCCAAUUCGGUCCUGUUUGGACCUCGUCCAAAAGGGAAGGAACACAACAUCGAACCAUGAUGAUGAUGAUGUUUCAACCGGCCAACCAAAAAAAAUCAUACAAAAUUUUUUUGAGAUUUUCAAAGAAACAUUUUGAAUGACGUAUUGGUUUUGUGGCUUUUUUUUUCUUCUUCAAUGGUAUGGCGCGCCGCUUCUCGGAGCUGUGCGACCGUAACAACCGAAAGAAAUGGAAUCGGCCAUUUCUUUUCUGCCGUGUGUUAUGCUAAUAAAAAUAUAUUUUUUUAAAGAGGAAAAAAAAAACGAAUCUUCCAUCCCGUGCGCAUUCAACAGACACAUAACGAUCACAACAAGAUGGAAACGUCGUCCUUCUUCUGUCCCGACUAGAUAUGAUAAUAUUCCUUUCCUUCGUCAUCCUCCUCCCUCCCAUAUUUUGGCGCAUACGUGUGUGUGUGUUCCCCCGCCCGCGCAUCACAUUUUAUAUAUAUAUAUAUACACAAGUGUAGUAUUUUUUUUUUGGCUGUAUAAGGAAUUUCUGAAAUGUUUAUUUUUAUUUUUUAAAUCAUUUUUUGGUUUCCUUUUUUCUUUUUGGCUUCGAUCUUUUGUUUUUCAGCUUCUUCGAAUUUUCUAUCCAUUCACUAAGCCAGAAGAAGAAAGAAUGUGUGGCGAACAGUGAUCAUAACGAUAUACCCUCGGAGUGUACAAACAAAUAUUAUAUCAAAUUUACCCAACAACUUCCACCUCUUCCUUUUUCCUCCACUACACACCCCCCCCCCCCGUAUAUAUAUUAUAUAAUGUGCACACACAACAACUAUUUUAUUUUGUACAAUAAUUUUUAGCCAAUGCCCAGAGAGAAAUUGGAAAAAAAUGAACAGAAAAGAAUCAAAUACAAUGAGACGUCAGAGAUGA